AGAGAAGAAGUCCUUUUGUAAGAUAAUAAGGGUAGCAGAGAAUUUAUGAUGGUUGAAAAUUAGCUAUUUCGAGGAGUAGUUUAAUUUACUCUUUUUUUUAUUGUUUGUUUUUGUUUGAACAUUGAUCUAAUUGUUGCUGAGGAGGUUGCCUGCUCUGUUGUGAGCGCUCUGGUGUCUCUUGGAUUGCACGAGAAAGGAGAGGGAGAGACGCAUCAGGAAUGGCUUGUCAACUGAAUUUCUCAGUAGCGGCAAAGCCAAAGCCUCAACCAUGUGUUUGUCCGUCUUCCUCUGCGAAGCAUCCGCGGCUGCUCUCUUCACAGUUAUCAUCAAUAUCAGGCACCACUACGCCCUCUCUCCUUCGCGAUGAAACACUAAUCCGACAUCGUGUCCGUCAAAAUCUGUCCCGCAAUGCUCCAAAUUCCAUGGUUGUUUCAUGUGCUAAGAAACCUGAACCUAUGAAGAUGAUGAUAUCUGGCGCUCCUGCUUCCGGUAAAGGAACCCAAUGCGAGUUUAUUACUAAGAAAUAUGGUUUGGUGCAUGUUGCUGCUGGUGAUUUACUGAGGAAAGAAGUUGCAGCUGGAAGUGAAAAUGGAAGGCGAGCAAGAGAAUACAUGGAGAAAGGGCAGUUGGUGCCAGAUGAAAUAGUUGUCAUGAUGGUGAAGGAUCGCUUGUUGCAGCCAGAUUCUCAAGAAAAUGGCUGGCUUCUCGAUGGGUAUCCUAGGAGCUCAUCUCAAGCAAUUGCCCUUAUGGAAUUGGGGUUCCGGCCAGACCUUUUUAUUCUUUUAGAUGUCCCUGAAGAGAUUGUUGUUGAGAGAGUGGUUGGAAGAAGGUUAGAUCCUCUUACUGGUAGGAUAUAUCAUUUGAAGUAUUUUCCACCAGAAACAGAAGAGAUUGCAGCAAGACUUACCCAACGCUUUGACGAUACAGAAGAAAAGGUGAAGUUACGUUUAAACACUCAUCAUAAGAAUGUGGAGGCAGUGCUUUCAAUGUAUAAAGACAUAACAGUAAAAGUAAAUGGAGGCGUUUCAAAGGAGGAUGUGUUUGCCCAAAUUGAUGGUGCUCUCACUGAACUUCUUGAGCGGAGGAGGGAUUGUUUGGGGGUUCUACAGUAGCCUAGAAGUAUGCUGAUGUUGAAUAAUUAGAAUAAAAAGGCCGCCUCCAAGGAUGUGAAGCUCUGGAAACAAUAUUAGCCUGUGGAGAAGGCACGCAAGAGAUGUAGGAGAACACAGAUGUAAGAACAGGGAAGCUGCUUUGAUGAUACCCAGUAACUGGGUCGAUUUGUAAGAAGGAUUGAAGUGGCUAUUCUGCCAUGUAUUACAACAUUACAUGGUCAUUGCUACUUUUAUUUCCUAUUUAUGCUAUUUUCCUCCCCCUAUGGUUCUAUCUCGAUGCAGUUUGUCAAACUUGCACGUUCCAGUAAAAUGGCCUUAUGAACCCUCCUUCACCUUA